UCAGUGAAGUCUGAAGAGCUGUCUUUGGAGUACACCGUUGCAGCUGUGGGCAUUCCAGGUUUUUGAAACAUGACUCCUAUUUUCUUUGCACUUUGCCUGGGAAUGAUCUCAGCUGCUCCAACAUUUGAUCCCAGUCUGGAUGCUAAAUGGCAGGAAUGGAAGACAAAACACAGGAAAACAUACAAAACGAAUGAAGGACAAAAAAGAGCAGUGUGGGAGAAGAAUAUGAAAAUGAUCGAACAACACAAUGAGCAAAUCAGCCGGGGGAAAUACAGCUUCCGCAUGAAGAUGAACGCCUUUGGUGACUUGACCAGUACAGAAUUCAAGAAACUGAUGACUGGCUUUCAAAGCCAGGGACUCAAGAACAUGAAACUGCUCCAGGCACCUCAGCCAUCACUUCUCGUGGGUGAUGUCUCCAAAUCUGUGGAUUGGAGAACCAAAGGCUACGUCAGUGCUGUACAGGAUCAGGGUAUCAGUUGUGGCUCUUGUUGGGCUUUUAGUUCAGCUGGGUCCCUAGAAGGACAAAUGUUCCGGAAAACAGGCAAACUAGUUCCACUGAGUGCACAGAACCUGGUGGACUGCUCUUCGUCUUAUGGUAACAAAGGCUGCAAUGGCGGCUUGAUGCAUCAAGCCUUCCAGUACGUGAAGGACAAUGGAGGCCUGGACACUAAGGAUUCCUAUCCAUAUGAAGAAGCCGUGGGACCCUGCAGGUACAAUCCUAAGAAUUCUGCUGCUACUGUCAGAAGCUUUGUGAUGCUCCCACCAAGAGAGGAUGCCCUUUUGAAUGCUGUGGCAACUGUGGGGCCCAUCUCCUCUGCAGUUGACAGCAAUCACACCUCCUUCCAGUUCUAUGAGAGUGGCAUCUAUUAUGAGCCAAACUGUAGCAGCUCAGAGGUGGACCAUGCUAUUUUGGUGGUUGGCUAUGGAGAAGAAUCUAAUGGCAAAAAGUACUGGCUGGUCAAGAACAGCUGGGGUGAAAGAUGGGGCAUGGAUGGCUACAUCAAGAUAGCCAGAGACAAGAACAACCACUGCGGAAUUGCUACAUAUGCCGUCUACCCAGUCGUGUGAGCUGCUGGACAGCAGGAAGGAAGGACUGGACUGGAGACAGCGUAUGAGGAGGAGGUCCUCCCCUUCACAGCUACCAGCCUCUGCCGUGUGGGAUGUGGCACCUGAGCCACUGCAGAGCCCAAGUGCGAUGUGACUACCGGGACCCUGUUACUUGGCUAAGCAUUUCUGCUACUUUACUGUCGUAAAUAGCUUUGUAUUAAUGAGUUUUGAAUUUCCAUCCAUCUUUAAAGAGAUGUACAGAAUUACAUCUUUAAAAUUAAAUUUGUUAGCUGGGCAUGGUGGCACAGGCCUUUAAUC